CAAGGAGAGCACACGUGGUGACCUGCCUGGGGCCGGCUCCCCGGCUCCAGCUCCUCCUCCCUCCAGCUCGCGCUCGGCUCGCUGCAGCAUCACGUGCAACCGCGCCGGCUGCAGGAUGGCGGCGGCGGCCGCGGCGGCAGCAGCGGUGGGUGUCAGGCUCCGGGACUGCUGCAGCCGGGGCGCCGUGCUCCUGCUCUUCUUCUCCCUGUCACCUCGGCCCCCGGCCGCCGCCGCCUGGCUGCUGGGUCUGCGGCCCGAAGACACCGCGGGAGGCCGAGUGUCCCUGGAGGGGGGCACCCUGCGUGCGGCCGAAGGCACCAGCUUCCUCCUGCGGGUCUACUUCCAGCCCGGGCCGGCGGCCCCCGCCGCGCCCGCGCCCGCGCCCUCCCUGGCCCCGGGGGCGAACGGCACGGGCGACUGGGCCCCGCGGCUCGUGUUCAUCGAGGAGCCCCCCGGCGCGAGCGGCGCGGCGCCCAGCGCGGUCCCCACGCGCCCCCCGGGACCGCAGCGCUGCCGCGAGCAGAGCGACUGGGCGUCGGACGUGGAGGUCCUGGGGCCCCUGCGCCCCGGGGGCGUGGCGGGCUCGGCCCUGGUCCAGGUGCGGGUGCGGGAGCUGCGUAAGGGCGAGGCGGAGCGCGGCGGCGCGGGCGGCGGCGGGAAGCUCUUUUCGCUGUGCGCCUGGGACGGGCGCGCCUGGCACCACCACGGCGCCGCCGGCGGCUUCCUGCUGCGCGUCCGCCCGCGGCUCUACGGCCCGGGUGGGGACCUACUGCCGCCCGCGUGGCUGCGAGCGCUCGGGGCGCUCCUGCUGCUGGCCCUGUCCGCCCUGUUCAGCGGCCUGCGCCUGAGCCUGCUCUCGCUGGACCCAGUGGAGUUACGGGUGCUGCGGAACAGUGGCUCGGCCGCCGAGCAGGAGCAGGCGCGCCGCGUGCAGGCCGUGCGCGGCAGGGGGACCCAUCUGCUCUGCACCCUGCUCCUGGGCCAAGCCGGCGCCAAUGCCGCGCUGGCCGGCUGGCUGUACGCCUCGCUGCCGCCGGGUCUCGGGGACCCCGGGGAGGACUACGGAGAGGCGGGGGUGCACUUCCCGUGGCUGCCGGCGCUCGUGUGCACUGGCGCCGUGUUCCUGGGAGCCGAGAUCUGCCCCUACUCGGUGUGUUCGCGGCACGGGUUGGCCAUCGCCUCGCACAGUGUGUGCCUGACCCGGCUCCUCAUGGCGGCCGCCUUCCCGGUGUGCUACCCGCUGGGCCGCCUCCUGGACUGGGCUCUGCGCCAGGAGAUCAGCACCUUCUACACGAGGGAGAAACUGCUGGAGACGCUGAGGGCGGCGGACCCUUACAGCGACCUGGUGAAGGAGGAGCUCAACAUCAUCCAGGGCGCCCUGGAGCUGCGCACCAAGGUGGUGGAGGAGGUGCUGACCCCCCUCGGGGACUGCUUCAUGCUGCGCUCGGAUGCCGUCCUCGACUUCGCCACUGUGUCCGAGAUCCUUCGCAGUGGCUACACUCGCAUCCCGGUGUACGAGGGCGACCAGAGGCACAACAUUGUGGACAUUCUGUUCGUCAAAGACUUGGCCUUUGUGGACCCGGACGACUGUACGCCGCUGCUCACAGUCACCCGCUUCUACAACAGGCCCCUGCACUGCGUCUUCAAUGAUACCCGGCUGGACACGGUGCUGGAGGAGUUUAAGAAGGGAAAAUCUCACCUGGCUAUUGUGCAGAGAGUGAACAAUGAGGGCGAAGGAGACCCGUUCUAUGAGGUGAUGGGCAUUGUCACACUGGAGGACAUCAUAGAAGAGAUUAUCAAGUCGGAGAUCCUGGAUGAGACCGACCUCUACACUGACAAUCGGAAAAAGCAGAGGGUCCCGCACCGGGAGAGGAGGCGGCAUGACUUUUCUCUGUUCAAGCUUUCAGACUCAGAGAUCAGAGUAAAGAUCUCACCACAACUGCUGCUUGCCACACACCGCUUCAUGGCCACAGAAGUGGAGCCCUUUAAGGCUCCGUUCCUUUCGGAGAAGAUCCUGCUCCGGCUUCUGAAACACCCCAACGUGAUCCAGGAGCUGAAGUUUGAUGAGAGGAACAAGAAAGCCCCUGAACACUACCUCUACCAGCGCAGCCGCCCUGUGGACUAUUUUGUGCUGCUUUUACAGGGCAAAGUGGAAGUGGAGGUUGGUAAGGAAGGCCUUCGCUUUGAGAACGGAGCCUUCACCUACUAUGGUGUUCCAGCCAUCAUGACCACUGCCUGCUCAGAUAAUGACGUGCGGAAGGUUGGAAGUCUGGCUGGAUCCUCUGUCUUUCUGCCUGUCUCUGUGUCUCGUACCUUCGCCUUCAGCAGAGGGGACUCUCUGGCAGGCUCCCCAGUAAACCGGUCCCCUUCUCGCUGCAGCGGCUUGAAUCGCUCUGAGUCUCCAAACCGAGAGCGCAGUGACUUUGGCGGGAGCAACACACAGCUGUACAGCAGCAGCAACAACCUCUACACACCCGACUACUCCGUGCACAUCCUCAGCGACGUGCAGUUCGUGAAGAUCACACGUCAGCAAUACCAGAAUGCCCUCACGGCCUGCCACAUGGACAGCUCGCCCCAAUCCCCGGACAUGGAAGCCUUCACAGAUGGGGACUCCACCAAGGCCCCCACCACCCGGGGCACACCCCAGACUCCGAAGGAUGAUGCGGUCCUCACGCUCCUGAGCAACAGGACCAGCUUGCCGUGCAGCCGCUCAGAUGGUCUGAGAAGCCCCGGCGAGGUGGUGUACCUGAGGAUGGAGGAGAUGGCUUUCCCCCAGGAAGAAGUAACCAACUUUGAGGAGCACAAGACACAGCAACUCACAAUGUCCCCUCCGGCUGUUCCUACAACAGCAGCUUUAGAUACUGAAUGCUGUACUAUCCACCUGGACACAGAGACCAGCCCCUGCAGCAGUGACUCUGAGGACACCAUGGGCAAAAAACUGCUGAGAACCCUGAGUGGCCGGAAAAGGAAGAAGUCAGCAGAAGGAGAGCGAGCCUCUGAGGAAAACUCCAAUUUAACACCUCUGAUCACAUGAUGAGGGAGGCCUCGCUGGCCAGCUGUGAGACGCUGAGGCUUUGGGGGAAGACCCGCCCUCCCAUCACUUGCUUUCCCCCCGAGGCCUCCCACCGGUGACAGAACACUCUGCCCUCCACCUUCCACCCCUCACAGUCAGUUUGGCCAGCUUUGCCAGUUGCCUCCAGUCUAAACGCUGAAGGAGAGCCGAUGCCUGGAAUUGGAGGAUGCUAGAAACGGUCUUGUCCGUAGCAUAGUCCAGGACUAACCCCAAGCUGACAGAGCCACUCGAGGCUCCCAAUAAUUGUCUUUGUUCUUUCGUGUCCCUGAGCCACAGGAGACCCAUGUCCUGGGAUUCACCAUUCUUUCUUCCAGAACAAAACAACCCUUUCUACCAUCAUUCAUGCUUAGCAUUAGGUCGGCCAGUGAUGCGGACAGAGAGGCAUGUUAGUCCAGAGGAGCAGGUGUGAAGAUCAGUUCCAGGGAUGGACAAGGAUUCUUCAGAGUGUGGAACUCACUGUCAGUCAGUGGGCUCUCCACAGCCUAGGAGAAGGGCAGUUCUGCUGGAAUGGAAAGAGAAGAAGCUAUCUCUCAGGGACGUGUCUGUUUGAGCUUACAGUAAUUAAUUUCUCAGUAAGCCUGCUUCAGAAGAGGAAGAUCAGGGAACACAGAGACCAAGUUGUGAGCCAGACAUAGAAGUAACUUCAGGUUUUAAGUGAAAGUUAGAGCAGGAAAAAAAAAAAGAAACUUUCAUGAAAAAGUUCUAAGUUGUUACAGUGAGUGCAGCCAUGAUAAACCAAAGAGUGCCCAGGUCAGCCAGGAAGGAUGCUCCGUGUUGUCACGGGAGUUCAGCGUGCUUGACACAGGGAUGUUGAACGCUCACCUUUCUUUUGCACAUACCCCCUCCUCCUGCCUCUUACUCCAUCUCUUGUUGGUCAGCUAAGUAUUCCAAAAACCUACCAGAUCAGGGGUUUUAGUCCUUUAUGUUGGGGCAGAUGCAAUUCCAACCAUACCCACAAGAUGGCAGAAUUACCAUGCAUAUCUACUCCUAAGAGUAAUGUAGGUAUUGGGAAACAGCCAGCCUAAGAGAAAAUUUAAAAGUCAAGUUUGAGUUUCUGAUUCAUUUCCCGCCCUGUCCUUGCACACCUCCAGUCAGCAUCUGGAGAUCCAGUGCUGCCUGCUGAAUCUCCAAAACCACUGCCCUCCCUCGAAGCCUUAACCCCUACCUCCACCCACCCCCAUUCAGUCACAGGCAGACGGACAGCUAAUGAUUCCUCUAUGUUAUUUGUGUCUCAAAGGAAAAUACUUGCCCACAGGAUCUUUAACUCAGGGGUUGUUAAACCUGGGGCCAUUACCCCAGGGGAGUCCAUAGUUUGACUCCAGCAGGCUAAAGAGCCCUUAAAACUGUCAGAAGUUGGUGUUUUUGUGUGUUUUCCAGAGACUUGAAGCUUUCUUACUACUCUCAAAGUUCCCAGAGCCACAGAGGCUUUUAACAGUUUUAAAUAACGGAACUUUUAGCCCAGUGUUUCUGCAAUGCAGAGUGAAUGUUGGACACUUCAAGAAUUGUGUUUAAUUUUAAGUGGUCAAGCACUGUUGUCAAUGGGGAAGGUUGACACCCACCAAGACAGGGUCCUCCGAAAUCGUUGGCACCGCACAGUAAGGUCACAACCUACACCCCACAUAACUCUUGCCCACUGUUUACCAAACAGCAGUAGGCAUUGCCAAGAGAGCCACAGACCACGGGAGGAAGGACUGGAGCCAGAGACCCUCUCUGUGUGUCACUGACUUCACAUGCCCCUUGCUUAGCCUGGCUGGCCUGAGGCUCAGCCAUGCAUGUGUCCUCGCCAACUCCACAGCCACCACGUUCUGCCUGCCCCUACCUGGUCAGAAUAAACAGUGUAGGCACCCGGUGCCUGGCGUCUCGGCCCUAGGCCGGGAAGUGAUUCGUUGGGAACGAGAACCCACAAGAGAGCCUACUGGGCAAAUGGAUUUCCCUCUCAUUACCCCUCAGGCCACCAGGCUCAGGCCACUGCUCUUGCAUUACUCCCUUCCUCUGCAGAACUUCUAAGGGACCUGUCACCACCCCUUUCCCUCGAUCCCACCCCCUGCCCCAUUUUCUUCAGGUUAAAUAAAUUUUAAAAAAAAGAUUUUAAAAUAAAGCAUUUAUGAAGGCUCAAUAAAUUAUAAAUAAUUUUUAAAUAAAAUAAAAGUGUG